AUCACUGGUGAGCUCUGGCUUGGGGGUGGGUGGGUGACAAGGAGACUUCGCAAGAGACCCAGCCCCAGACCAGGGAGGAUAAACAGAACCACACCGGUGGGGAGGUGGUGUCGAGGAAGAGAAAGAAGGAAAAUUCAGGACCCGGUUUCCUGCCACCACCUUGCGUGGGGGGUGGGGAGUUGCUGGGGUGAAAAGAAACAUCUUUAUAAUGCAGCCGCACCCCAAAUCUCCUUCCCUCGCGCCACCGGGCCGCCCUCAACUCCCAAUUCCAAGUCCAACUAAAGCCGUUAUCCAAAGCUGCCGGGAAAGCUGCGUUGAGGGUGCUGAGGGGGACUGCUGAGGCGCCCAGGGACGGGGAAGGACCGCGGUGCACGCGCCGGGGGCGGGGAGGCAGGAGGGAGAGGCGGUCGCCGCUGCGCCCCCGCCUGGCCCAGCCAGCGGUGCCUCCCCCGCCAGGCGACAGCAGUCAGAGUGGGGGAGGCAGAAGCGCCUCCUCCCCGCCCGCAGCCCCGGCGGCGGCGCAGGGGGAGGAAGGCACCUCACCUUGCCCCCAAUGAGGGGCUGAUCAUGCCAUGGCAGCGCCGGCGAGCGACAGCGGCGGCAGCCAGCAGAGCCCGAGCGGCAGCCCCAGGAGCCGGGAGGGAACUGGGGUCGCUGUGGAGGGAGCCCCCGACUGCGGGGACGCAGGAGCCCGGGACGCGGCGGAGACGGUCCCUGGUCUCCCUCCGCUUGAGGACUACGAGUGCAAAAUCUGCUACAACUACUUCGACGCGGACCGGCGUGCGCCCAAGCUGCUGGCGUGCCUGCACACCUUCUGCCAGGAGUGCCUGAGCCAGCUGCAGCUCCGCGCAGCCGCCGCCGCCACCGCCGCCGCCACUGCCGCGCCUGAGCGCCCACCGCGCCCGCCGCCCUGGCUCGGCCCGCCCGGCGCCAUCGCAUGCCCUGUGUGCCGCCACCGCACGCCGCUGCCCGACAGCCGCGUGCACGGCCUGCCCAACAACACCAAGCUCGCCGAGGCCUUCCCGCUGGCUCUGCGCGCAGCACAAGACCCGCUGCCCCAGGACCGCCUCCCGCCGCUGCCCGCACGCCUGCCCGCGCCCGCCGCCACCCCGCCGCCCACCCCGGCCCCGCCACCGCCCGCCUCUCCCGCCGCUCCGCAGCCGCCGCCGCAAGCCGAGGACGAGGCCCCCGGGUCUCGCGCCCGCCCGGGCCUGCGCGCCCCGGGUGCCUACGACAGCUGCCAGAACUGCAAGCGCGCGGCGCUCACCGCUGGCUGCGUGUGCGUGGUCUUCUCCUUCCUCUCCAUGGUGGUGCUGCUCUUCACCGGCCUCAUCUUCGUCAACCACUACGGCGGCGGGGGAUCCCCCGGAGGCGGGGCGCCCCCUGGCGAGGCACCGGCCACCGGGUCGCCCUCACCCUCGCCCGUGGGGCCCAUCUGCCUGUCGGUGGCCAGUAUCCUGGCGCUCUUCUCGGUCGUUGUCACCUGGGUUAUCUGCUGGCUCAAGUAUCGGCCCGAGGGUGCGGCCGCGGGCUCGGCGGGGGGUAGCGGCGGCGGCGGUGGCAGCGGCGGCGGCCCGCGGGCACGGGCGGCGGCGGGCGGCGCGCCGAGGAGCGACACGUAGCGGGGCCGCGCCGCCGACCUGGCGCCUGCACCUCCAGCCCCGCGCUACCGAAGAGGGGGCCUCUGGCUCGUUGCGCUCGAGCUUCUGCGCCCUCUCCCUGUGGCCCCCCGGGCUCUCCCGGACUCAACAUCUCCUUCCAACUCCGCCACUGCGGGGCCUCGGUUUUCUGUCCCUCGGGCUUCUGUUACCCCUCGUCCUUCGAGGGAUACCAGAGACGGGAAACUGACCAGGUGGGGAUGCUAUUGGGGGGGGUCCCUUUUGCCCUGACUGUGCAAAACUGACCUCUGCGUUAUGCUCCACCUUCGUCCUCGCCAGUGUGCGGCCAUCCCUCCCCAGAGCACAAAGAUCUGCGAAGAGGAUGCAAGGGGAGGAGGAGCCCCGCCGCCCCGCCCGAAAGCGGGUUUUCUGGCUGCCAGGACUUGAGAGUUUCUUUAAAGGUGCAGCUGCGCGCGCGCAAGUGGAUCUGUGGCGGCUGUGAAUGGACUUGAAUUGCCGGGAGGAAGAAUGAAAGGGAUGUAAACACGAGAGGGAAAGGGUACCCCGCUUCCUAGCGGUCCUGGAAAGGGAGACAUCCUGAGAGAUGAGAGUGACUGACACUCCCCGCCGGCACAGUGCGGGCAUAACGCGAGUUGAUGGAAGAACCAACGGGCCUCAGCUGGGCGCGUUGGGGGCAGGUGCACGGCGCGCGUGCGCGCUCGGGGCCGACUCCGCACAGCAGAGGCGGUGGCGCGCCCAGGGCGGUGAGCCCUCCUUGCCCACGACCGGGUGUUGUCUGGAGCAGAGCCCAGAAGUCUCAUCUCCUGGAAGCUUGUGGUUGUUUUAUUCACAGUGUUACUGCCAGGAAGUCAUUUAAUCUUCUGUAACUGGACUCAGGGAGCUUAAAGAGCCUGUUCUCCCUUCUCUCAAAAGUGACUUACUGUUGCCCCCACCUGGAAGAUAUUGAAAGCUAUUCACGCCGAAUAUAAACUAGAUUUUCUCCUUUCCCUCUCCAUUUUUUCUCAAUUUCAUUUAAGAUAUAAUUUACUUUUGAAUAUAUAAAUCUGGAAACUUUUGUGCAUUAAGAUUUCCAGAAAAGUUGUUUGAUAAGCAGUGACAUUAGUUCCAUACCUCGAGUCCAAAUACAUUUCGAAAUUAGGAGCAGAAAAUAAAGGCCUGUUGGUAAUUUAUUCAAUAUUUUAUACUGUGAAAUAACUAAUGACUUUUAAUUAUCUGAUAAAAUAUAAAAUAGUGCCCAAAGAUGAAAUCAACUAACUGAAGGUCUUUCUGCCUUUGAUUACAAACAUAUAUAUCAUAUACACAUAUCAGAAAGUAUAAUAUGAUUUUGAAUUUAGCUGUUUGAUAUUGGAAUUACUGAAAUGUUCACAUACAGUCACAUGAAUUGAAAAAGAAUACAUAUAUAUCUCAUUUUGUAACUACAAAGAUGAAUUACCAGUGUAUGUUGCAAGUGGGUUAGAUGCCUUUUUUUUAAAGAAGGAAAACUGUUCCAAAUGUAUUUUAUAUGGAAACAUUCUUUAUUCCAUCUUUCGAAAUUUGGAAUAAGAAAAAGUUUUCAUGCUUAAAAAUCACAGAAGCUACUGAAGGUAUGCUAUUAUUCCUCGAGUAUUUAUGCAAGCUGUCUGCAUGAUAUCCUGGCACUAUUCUAUUAAUUGAACUUGAAUUGAGCAUUUGUAUCUAUCAUAGGGGUGAAGUAAUUUAUUGGCCAUUGAUAAGUGGGUUGGCUGCCAUAUAGAAACUACAGUAUGAAGUGUUUUAUGUCUACAUUGUCUUAAUAAUAAAAAGAGGUAUUUAUAGAAAAA